AUGGAGCCAGUCUCCAAUGUGGUGGUAACUGUCAGUAACACAGACUUGGUGGAGUUCAACAGCUCUGUCCGUCUGUCCUGCUCCUCCUCUGGAUCCUCUCGCUCUUUCCUCUGGUUGAACAGCAGCUCUGAGGUUACAGCCAGUGACAGAGUUCAGCUCACUGAUGGAAACUCCACUCUCACUAUAGUCAGUGUGACCCGCUAUGACCAGGGACCAUUCAGGUGUCAUGUGUCCAACCCUGUAAGCUCUGUCACCAGUGGGCCAAUACUCCUCUCCAUCUACGGGAGAAUAUCAAGUGCUUCUGUCACAUCAACAUCAACUCAGCCGAUUGAGGGGACGUCCUUCAACUUAACCUGUGAGGCUGCCGGCUCUGUCGUUAACAGAAAGUGGAAGAAGGGUGACUCAUAUGUGCUGCCUGACCACAUUAAAUUUUACGACAACAACAGAGUGCUGUCCUUCCAACCUCUAAAGAAAACAGACAAUGGAGAAUAUUCCUGUGAAAUCAGCAACCCUGUCAGCAGCGAUACAGCUAAAUACAUCAUGACUGUUAUCUAUGGGCCAGAAAAUGUUCAAACCGCAGGUCCAAGUGAGAUACGUCUUAAUCAGACCUUAACAUUAAUCUGCUCUGCUGAGUCCACACCAGCUGCAAGUUACACCUGGAACCUGAAUGGGACAGAGAUACGCAAUUCUGCUGUGUUCAUUAAAGUCAUCACUAAACUUUCUGACAGUGGCCAAUACACCUGUGAAGCCAGGAAUAUCAUAACUGGGAAAACAUCAAGUGCAGUGCAUGGACUGACUGUAACAGCCCUCCCAGACAAACCAUCAAGCUGUUCAGCUGGCUGCAUCGCUGGAAUAGUAAUCGCAUGUUUGGUCAUUCUGUGAGGCGGCUGCUG